GGCAGUGAGCCUGCGGGGGCGCCGAAGGUGCCAGAGGAACGCCUCGGGGAGACGGCAGCGGCCUCAACUCUGAGCUGCGGUGGGGGCGCGCGAGCGCAGCGCACCAAGCGAGCCGCUGGCCACUUCUAGAGGGGUGGCCCUUAGGGGCGAGCGGCCCGUGUGGCCCGAUCCCGGGGCUCCGUGAACCGGCCCUGACCACCUCGGGGGGUCAAGGAGCGUCUUCGGAGGUCGCCCGGGGCCCACCGCUGCCGCCACCGAGCCCCGGGGCGCCCCCUGGAUGGCCGAGCUGCCCCCUCGCCGGCCGCCCGGGCGCCGCAGCGGCUGAGGUCGCUGGGAUCGCCCGGCCGCCGCCCCCAUCGCCGGCCCCUGCAUGCCCGGCGCCCGGGUCGCAGCCCACCUGGACGCUCUGGGCCCCCUGGUCUCCUACGUGCAGCCACCGCUGCUGCCCUCUAUGUUCUACGUGGGCCUGUUCUUCGUCAACGUGCUGAUCCUUUACUACGCCUUCCUCAUGGAAUACAUCGUUCUCAAUGUGGGCCUCGUCUUCCUGCCCGAGGACUUGGACCAGGCACUGGUGGACCUCGGCGUACUUUCAGACCCUGGCUCUGGCCUUUACGAUGCCGACUCAGAGCUUGACGUCUUCGAUGGAUAUUUGGAAUAAGGUCGUGGUUACUGUUCCCCACUUGCCUUCCACCAUCCGCAACUCUUGGCCUGGACCAGCCGCCCGUACCAUGCCGCUGCCACUGGUUGGGGGCACCAUCUGGACAGGGAUGGGACCCCAGGAAGAGGCCCGCCUGCUCGUGCCAACAACCGGGUUCCUGCCCCAACCCAGGCGUCUGCCAGGAGAAGUGAGGACUCGGCGCUGGGACAGGGAGUGGCCAGGCCCUCCGAAGGCCCUGCUCGCCUGCCACCCGGCUCUCCACUGUCCUGGGUCUGGUUGUGACUCACCACCUUUGUGAUGGAUGUUUACAGGAACCCAACCAGACAUCACCUCUCUGCACUUCACCCCCAGCUGCACCUGCCUCCCCCACUUAACCUCUGGGAAGGACAUGGAGAGCUGAAGUGACAAAUGGACUCAUUCUCAGGCCGCUUCCGUCAGCAUUGUUUGAUGCCGGUUGACCUUAAGCUGGGAAGACUUCAGACCCAAGACUGUUGAUCAUAGUUUCAGGGAGUCACUCUGAAGAGGGCUAUGCCAGGGCCCAGGCAGGGUUUAACCUCUCCAGGUUGACAGAACUGAGAUACUGCACUGGGGAAGGCCAUGCUGUCUCUGGCUAGAGAUCUAUUUUUGGAAGUGUGAGUGGUGUGCAUAGCGUGAAUGGUGUAGAUCCUUGAUUUCCAUAAACCUGUAAAAGCAAUACUUAGAGGCUGACUUAUUUCAUUAAAAAAAAUGUAAG